AUGUUUUAUUUCCACUGUCCGCCGCAGCUGGAGGGCACUGCGCCCUUUGGCAACCACCCUCCCGGAGAUUUUGACGAUGGGUUCCUGCGCAGAAAACAGCGCCGGAACCGGACGACAUUCACGCUUCAGCAGCUGGAAGCUCUGGAGGCAGUUUUCGCCCAGACGCACUACCCCGAUGUAUUCACCAGAGAAGAGCUGGCCAUGAAAAUAAACCUCACGGAAGCCAGAGUGCAGGUUUGGUUCCAGAACCGAAGGGCCAAAUGGAGGAAAACAGAGAGAGGGUCCUCCGACCAGGAGCCAGGAGCCAAGGAGUCCAUGGCAGAGGUGACGUCACCACCGGUGAGAAAUGUCAAUUCCCCACCCCCUGGGGACCAGGCCCGGAGCAAGAAGGAGGCCCUGGAGGCCCAGCAGAGCCUGGGGCGAACUGUGGCUCCCACAGGACCUUUCUUUCCCUCCUGCCUGCCGGGGACCCUGCUGAACACGGCCACGUACGCCCAGGCCCUGUCCCAUGUCGCGUCCCUGAAAGGGGGCCCGCUGUGCUCUUGCUGCGUCCCGGACCCCAUGGGGCUCUCCUUCCUCCCUCCCUACGGCUGCCAGAGCACCCGCACGGCCAGUGUGGCCGCCCUGCGCAUGAAGGCUCGCGAGCACUCGGAGGCCGUCCUGCAGUCGGCCAACCUCCUGCCAGCCACCAGCAGCAGCCCCGGCCCUGCCGGCAAGCCAGCGCCCCCCGAUGGCAGCCAGGACAAGACCCCUUCUGCCAAGGAACAGAGUGAGGGUGAGAAGAGUGUAUGA